AUGAGGGUAUCCAACUUCCUGCUGCUUCUGUUGCCCGUCUUUGCAAGGAGCUCAGCUCUGGAUUGCACAGAGGUACCGGGGUCCUUAAAGCAGAUUGAUGCCAGUAAUGGGCAAGUGUUUGGAGUGAACAGCACAGGCAGUAUUUUCACACUGUACGGGAACACUUUUGUGGAGGUGCCGGGCUCCCUGAAGCAUGUCACAGUGGGCCCUGCUGGAGUCUGGGGCGUGAACAAUAACAUCUACAAGCUGGUGGGUGGCACCUGGCAGCAGGUCUCAGGGGCACUCAAGCAGAUUGAUGCAGGAGGAGACCAGUUUGUCGUUGGUGCAAAUGCAAUUGAUGACAUUUACUGCCUGCACAGUUCAUCAACUAUCUCUGUGAAGGAACAAUCCUCCCCGCCCUGGGUCAACAUUGCAGGAAAACUGAAGUACUACAGCUGUGGGCUGCGGGGCUGCUGGGGAGUUAACUCUGAUGAUUAUAUCUAUUUUCGGCAUAGCGUCACCCCCGAGUCUUGUGCAGGAUCUAGGUGGGAGCAGAUCGAUGGCAGGCUGUCCAUGAUUGAAGUUGGAACUGAAGGAUCUGUCUAUGGAGUGUCAAGUUCAGGAGAAAUUUUUCGCAGGGAUGGGAUAACUAACAGCAACCCUGUGGGCACCACAUGGACCCGGAUCCUCCAUUAUAUUUGCAAAUGCAAACAUGUGUCUUAUGACCUGGGACUGCUGUGGAUUAUCUAUAGUGAGGGGAAAAUCAUGAAAUGCCAAGUCUAAACCACAACCCACGAUCUCCACAAAACAGAGAUCAGCAAUGUCUACGAACACUUUCUUGCUUGUUGUGCACUUCUGUAUUUCUUUUCUUAAUAGUAGGCUGAAGCCCUUGUUCCUAGGACAAAAUCUCACAAGAAAGAUCCAGAGAGUUCAGUACAGCCCGCCAAUGCUAUCCCUCUGUUCUCUCACCUAUACUUCGUCAUUCUGGAAUUGCAUGCAAUAGCAAGCAAUUGAAACCAGCUCAUUUCAAGCUGGAAGUAAAGUGUAACAAAGUUUUAACAAUGAGGAUUAUCAUCAACCCCGGGAACAGAUCACUAAGGCAUGUCUCCAUCGCUUACUGUCCUCCAGUCAAGACUGGAUGGCUUCACAAAUCUGAUAUAUUCCAAGUCAGACACAGGUUUUUGGGGGCGAUGCAAGGAGCACUGGCUGAAAUCUUUAGCUGUGCUAUGUAGGAAAUCGCUCUAAAGGGUUAGUGAUUAUGGUCUUAAAAUCUAUUAAUCUACCAGUACUUAUUACAAUAGUGAUGCAAAACCGUGGGGGUUUGGCAGUCUGGGUAACAGGGCUCCCCUGCCAGGCGGAUGUGUCCUGAGGGCCUGGGGCUGAGACUCCUCAGUGCAAUCACUUUCACAAAUUGGUCAUGCACCAGCUUAAAAUGUGUUAGGUUUGUUGUCCCCAGUACUUUUAUUUGAAGGCUCUUCCAUACCACUGUGCAUUGAAUACGGGAAACUUACUUCUAAUUCCCUGCUUUAAUUUGUUCAAGGAUGGAUUAAACCUGUUAUUUACCUCAGUAAGGUAUUUGCUCUUUAUAGUCUCUAAGAAGAAAAGUGGUGGUAAAAACUUUUUGUUCUCUACUGUCUUGUGGAAGAGGCUGGGCUUUUUCUGUGUUCUAGACCAGUGGUUCCCAACCUUUUUUAUACUGCGGACCGGCAUAGCAAUGGGACGGGGCACAUGGAGCCAGCUGCCUCCUUCCUGGUACUGCCCCGCUGUCCAACUUCAACCCCGCACGUGAUUGCCGGCAGUGGAAGCUGGUUGCCUAGGCGGACAGACUGGGGUCUGAGCAGGGGGCUUGUGCCAUGACCCAGCAUCCAACCCUUUGUGGGCCGGCGGUUUGAACCUCUGUUCUAGACUGUGCUUAUGCUAAUAAAACCUUUCAGC